AUGGGUGAAGCUUAUGAACAACUCUUCUCUACAGCAGGAGCUCAACCUCUGAACGGGCGACAGUACCCCCCGGUUAACAACCCAAACCCUGGCCCAUCCUACGUAAACCAGGACAAUAAGGACUCGGACGCCUUUCGAAGCCAUUCACGAGACCUGUCUAGGGGACGUGGUCCCGCACCUGCAAAUGGAGUAUUCAAUAUACAAACGCAACAGCCUGGUAUCGCGCUAUCACCCCGGUCUCAGUCCUCAACUGGGGCAGUACGGUCGCCUGCGGGUCUUGAUGUCGGGCUUGAACGUCAGCCUUCUGUAACCCAAGGACACUACCGUCAGACAUCGAGGGCUCAAGGCGCCUAUUUGCAGGCCCGCAAUGCGGGGUUUGUGUCGUCGCCGACGACUAGCCCUUUGAGUCCGGAAACUCCAAGCUCUGCGAGUUCUAAUCCAGGACUGCCUGAUAUCUCGAACCACACCAUGAUCCAUCGCGGUGUUACUUCACGGCGUCCUACUGAGUCAACAUCAAGCGCAGCCAAUGGCUCAUUGCAUAGCUCUACUACAUCGACGUUGAUCGGGGACCAGGACAUGGGGGAUCUAAGUGGUGGCACAUUGACGCAAAGGCGGCUCGAUCGAACACAGAGUGUCAAGGUUCGCAGGGGACAUGACCCUCAACGGUCACUGUCAAAACAUAGCCAAGAGCAAAAGUCUGUGGGAGAAUACGCUCUUCAUCACCUCUUCAAUAAGUUCGUUGUGCAUGCCGAUCACAAGAUCGAUCAGUGCGUUCUUAAAACAUCAGACAACCCGGACUAUCUCGAACACAUCUGUGGGGCAGGAGUCGAUCCCGAUUUUGACCAGCUGAUAUCAGCUCUUGCACACAUCAAUCGGCAAAAGCCAAAACCGUUGGUUGAUACCAUCAUGUACUGGAGGAAAGCUAAAGGUGACCAGGCUAUGAAGGCUAAGGAGAGACUCAAUCAUUCUAGGUCACCCAAUCCAGUAACAAGAGGGCUUCCACGGCGUACUACAGAACCGUCGCAUAUGCUGUUUGCAGACUUGAGCCAAACCAGCUCCAGUGAAGAAGACCCAAAUUACUCAGCGUCGCUUUCGCUUGCAGAUUUUGCUACACAAGCAGAACAGCGUUCACAAGUAUCGAUCUACCUUCUUUGCAGGGUCUUGAUCGAAGUCUACAACCAGACUGACGUCGUUCGACUCAACCCUGGGCUAGCUGAUAAGAUUGAGGAUAUAAUAUUUGUCCAGCUCAAGAACACGGAGCCGGAGCAUUUCCGGAAUUUCCCGUUCCGGGCCGUCAACUGGAAAAUCUUCAGCCAACUUCUGGGUGUCAUGAGCAGUCCCAAUCUGCGAAGCGUAAGCCAACGCUUCAUCAAUGAGUUGAGGAUGUAUCAACACGACUUAGGUGUCAAGGGAGUUGUAACGAGUCAAGUUGAAAGGAAGGUUGAACUUCUUAUCCUGGCAAUGCAGCAUCUUCACAUCAAGACUCAGCCGGAGGGGCCCUGGAGGGAUUCAUGUGACUUUCUCCUAACUCUGGGGGAGUUCUUUCUCAAUUCACAUGGCCCUCAAAUUAAACAUUCCUACUGCCAGACACUAGAGGACCUUGUAAUGCCGAUUGCAGCCCGCUGGGGCCCACAGGUCAAUGUCCAGAAAUUCAAGGAUUUUCUAAACAGGGUGAAUUCGCGGGUCUCUCAAAUGAUAGUCAAGCCUCGACACUGGCCCGAGGCAUUCCGCCUCUCUACAGUACUUCUUUGUGCAUCUCCAACCGAGUAUUUCGCCGGCCAAUGGCUCACGGUCGCAACUUCUCUCCAAGGAAAACUCAAAGACCGAACGUCCCGAGAGUAUGCCCUUCAAGGCAUCUGUCGGCUAGUUUGGACGUAUCUUGAACGUGUCUCUGAACCUUCCAGCUCCAUCAUACGCAAGCUCGAUGACGUGAUGAAGGUUGUCCUUCCGUCAGGCAAGAAGUCCUAUCUCUCCAACGAUCCAACUUACUCGGAGCCUAUAAUCGAACUUAUCCGAAUUAUCGGGUAUCGCCAGCAAGAGUUCUGUUUCAGGACCAUUAUAUCUCCCUUGAUCAGCGCUGAUCUCUUCAGCCCCGGGAAAGAUACCAAAAUCGAGCAGCUAGAGCCAGAAAAGAUGGUGAUCGGUAUAAAGGCCUUCCUGGCCAUCAUGGCCGACUUGGAGAAGGUAGAGCACGGUCGCCCACCAUUCCCGCGGUUCAAUGGUGGGGGUCUAGCAAUGGAUUCUCGCACAGUCCCCGGAGUUUUGCACAGCUCUCAGCCAUCUGGAGGGCCAAGAAACACUUUUGAUCUUGAGAAAGACCAACUUUCGCGACCCAUGAACAUAUCCAAGCUUGGUGACUCGGCAAGAGAGUUUUUUGGCCGAUUCUGUGAAAUAAUUGGGAAGAUCACAGUGAUGUGUGACAACGCUUUUGGGGGACAGGUAGUAUUGGACGAAAAGUUCGGCGGACUCACACCCAAAACACCACUAACUGAGAGCUUCACCUUUGGUCGUAGAGAUGAACACGUGGGAUUAGCAGAGCAUAGGCAUGGAUUUUAUGAACUUUUCCACGUUGCUUUGCAGGCUUUGCCCCGCUGUUUGUCAGCACAAGUUCAAUUCAAUGCUCUUAUCAACCUCCUCUGCACAGCCACUGCACACGUUCAAUCCAACAUUGCGGUGUCAUCGACUCAAUCCCUAAAAUCCAUAGCUCGACAAGCUCAGGCCCAGCCUGUUACCAUUGGAUUCGCAAGGUUCAUUUUUAGUUUCGAUGUUCGGUAUUCGACCAUGUCUGAUGAGGGAAUGCUUGGCCCCGGGCACAUCGAGAACACCCUCACGCUUUAUGUCGAGUUACUACAGAUAUGGAUUGAAGAGAUCAAGCGGAAGACCAAAGACAGUGUAACCGAACCCACCGGCGAUGGAUCAUCAGAUAGUCGUAGCUUGCAGCUGGAUUUGACGAGUAUAGCGAGCCUUGUUGAAGAAGUUGAAUCACACGGCAUCUUCUUCCUUUGCUCACAAUCGAGGAGAGUCAGAUCAUUUGCCGUCAAAGUUCUGAAAAUCGUCACAGACUUCGACGUGGCCCUUGGAAGGAAGAUCGAUAGGAUUAUACAUAUCCUUGAGGGGGACUCUCAGAGGGUCAUGAGUAUUAAUGACGAGCAGCUUACUGUCGCAGAAAGGAGUCGAUUGCAGAAAGGCAAGCGCAAGAGCAUAUCACAGAAUACCUUGAUCGAAUUGUGUAGCAGCGAUGUUUCUUACGACGCAACUCUAUGGUUAAAACUUUUUCCCAACAUUAUCCGCCUUAGUUUUGAAGUUUGCCCAUUUGCUUCGACCCUGGGACGCGAGAUUGUCUGCGCUCGUUUGCUCCAAAUGCAUGAUAGCAUCACUAGGCUAGGUUCUGACGUCCGAGGACCUGUGCCAGGCUCGGACCAUGGUCCUAUACGCAUUCUUAAUCGACUUGGGGCCACAUCACCAGAGAUAAUAAUCGAGCAGUGGAAGUUAUACCUAGUCAUGGCUUGUACAACAAUGACCAACCCAGGUGCUCAGACGCAAAGCCAGCUUGACAAAACACAGCAUGCCCGUAAGAUAUCCCGGGGAAUACACCAAGGGCAGGAUAAAAUUAGCUCAGCCCGAGCUCUGUUUGCGUACAUCAUACCUCUUUUGACGGCAGGCCAAAGCUCGAUUCGCGAUGCAAUUGUCAUUGCUCUGGGUUCUAUCAAUAUCAAUCUCUAUAGAACGCUACUGGAGUCCUUGCAGUACGCGGUGACUACGUGUAAGGAGGAGGCAAAACAGCGCAUUGGCACCCAUCAGCGGACCGGGAGCAAUCCCAGGCGAAAUCCUCGCACAGACCGCCUCAGGACAGAGGUCACCCAAGUCUAUAGACUGACUGCGCGUUUUCUGCAUGAACCGGCAGUCUUGCGGGACGAGUGGAUAGUCAGCAAUCUCUGUACCUACUCGAAGGACCUGAUGAUCUUCCUAAACGACGCUGAAAUUCAAAAUGACUGGGAGUGUCAGAAGCUCAGACGUCAAUACUGCGGGUUGUUGGAAGAGCUUUUCGACGGCAUCAACCGAACACCAGAUCCUUCGCGUUAUAUGGCAUUCGAAUCAAGGAAGUCCGCUUUCGCUCUCAUGGAAGACUGGUGUGGCUAUUCUCCCAAUCAAGGUCGGAUCAAUCAGCGAGAGGACAACAUGAGGCAAUCCGUCCUAGAACAGCAUCAAGAAGCUGGAGAGAAGACAAACGUCACAGCGACAAUGGAGAUCGAGAAGAGGAACUUAAGGACUGCUGCCCUAAGUGCCAUGGCUGCUCUUUGCGCGGGCCCAAUAAGAGUCAAAACCGACCGGGGAGACAACUUGUCAUUUGACGUUCGCCGGAUGCUUUCGUGGAUUGAUCAAAUAUUUGGACAAGUAAGCGACAAGUUGCAUAGCAUUGGACGUCGAGCUCUUCAUAACCUUAUCACAUACAAUCGUGACUUUGCUUACCUCUUAGAGUACUCAAUUGAGAAAUGCUAUAUAGCAGACCCUCCAAGAGCUCUGGAGAGUUAUUUCGAAGUGGUGACCAAAGUCUUGCUUGAGCAAAUCGACUACCCCGUGGCUUUCUGGAGGAUUCUAGGAGCUGUGCUUUUCACACUGGGAAAUGAGAAGGGCGAAAUCAGGAUGAAGUCUGCAAAGCUUCUGCGGCUCUUCGAACAACGUCAACAGAAAGGAUCCAAGAUCCAGGACUUCGACAUCAGCAUCUCAGAUCGAACCACGGCGGUCUACAAGUUGGCUCAAUUUGAGAUAUCAAAGAGACUGGCAGCACAACACACCGAACUUGCUUUCUUCAUCUUUUCUCAAUUUGCAGUUCAUUUCAAGAACAUACAUCCAGACAGUCAGCGCAGUAUGGUGGCAGCUAUCCUUCCUUGGAUACAGGUCAUUGAACUGCAGAUAGACCCAAGCGGUGGCCCAACUUCUCAAUCAUACAUGGUUCUCGCCAACCUUUUGGAAAUUACUACAAAAUCUAGUGGCGCCUUACACAACGAAAUUCAAGCACUCUGGCAAGCACUCGCAACCGGGCCGCAUCCGGGAAACGUGCAGCUGGUCCUGAAUUUUGUGAUAUCUCUCUGCCUAGACAGGCGAGAGCAGAGCUUUGUCGACUACGCCAAACAGAUUAUUGUCUAUUUAUCGAGUACUCAAGCUGGACAGAAAGUAGUCGAAUUUCUACUCUUACAAAUCAAUUCCAGAAACAUGGUACAAAAGAAGCGAGAUCCUAUUGUCUUGCCGUCAGAUAACUUGGGCCUGCCAUAUGUCGCAGAUCUAUCGGAGGCAUUGCCGAUUGGCAAUAAACAGUCCGGUUUCUCCUUGGGACAACUUUCGUUGAUAUUCCUUGUUGACCUCAUGGUCUCUCCUAUGAAACUUAGCAAGGAAAGCGUCCCUCUGUUGUUGCAGGUGGUUAUCGUACUGUGGGAUCAUUAUACCUUGCUCGUGCAAGAACAAGCCCGCGAAAUGCUCGUUCACCUAAUCCACGAACUUGUCAUUACUAAGAUUGGCGACAACACCACGACACCCAACAAACAGACUAUCGAACUGUUUGUAGAGUCCAUUAGGCAAGAUGAACCCAAGGUUGUCUGGACUUACGAGGAGUGGAACGGCAAAGACGAGAUCGACGACAGCAGUCGGGUUCCAGCUUCUAUGACCCACGUUACCGCCAAGGUCGUUAGCCUUUUUGCCAUUGCAUAUCCUCAGAUACAGGAGCAGUGGGUCAGAAUGACGCUUGGCUGGGCCACUUCAUGUCCAGUCAGGCACAUAGCUUGCCGAUCAUUUCAAGUCUUUCGCUGUAUCCUCUCCACCUUCGAUCGGCCCAUGCUUGCAGAUAUACUUGCUCGGUUAUCAAAUACCAUCGCAGAUAAAGUUUACGAUGUACAGAUCUUUUCUCUGGAGAUACUGACUACGUUGAAGACCAUCAUUGAAGCGUUGGAGCCGACGGACCUGCUACAAUAUCCCCAGCUUUUCUGGGCAACGUGCGCUUGUAUGGAUACCGUGUAUGAGCGAGAAUUCAUCGAAGUCCUUGGGAUGCUGGAGAAACUACUUGGCAAGGUCAAUCUGAGCGAUCCAGCCGUAGUCAAGAUAUUGGAGAAAGCUAAGCCCGAUAAGUGGCAAGGUACGUUUGAGGGCAUCACUCCUCACGUAUACAAAGGCUUGAAGUCCGACUUGUCACUGGAGAAAUCUCUUCAGAUCUUGGAUCGAGUGAUGCACUUGCCGGACAGUGAUUUGGUAGGCACAGAGACUCGACUUCUCUUUGGGACUCUGGCCAACCUACCGCGGUUUUUGCAUUCUUUCGAUGAUCCGAACAAGAAACUUGAAUGCAUACAGAGUGCACAGAUACUGGCAUCGGUGGCGGAGUAUCAGGGAAAUCAGGAGAUCGCGAUGGUUCUCAAUACUUUUUCAAAUAGUCGGUUCAAAACAAGCGGCGAUUUCCUCACGCAAAUACUAUCCGCGCUUCGAAAGACCUUUUUCCCAACCUGGGAGCUCAAGACCUUGAUAUUUUUGAUCGGGCUCCUCACUAAUCGGCUUCAUUGGUACAAAGUUAGGACUUUGGAAGUUCUCCUGGCAGUUAUUCAGAACGUCGACACGCGUCGGACAGAGAUUGCGAGUCAUGGCCCGGACCUGAUCUCGCCCUUGCUCCGACUUCUUCAGACGCAGUAUUGCCCACAAGCAUUGGAAGUCAUGGACCAUAUCAUGACUAUGUCUGAGACGCCAAUGUCGAAACAUCAUUUGCGGAUGAGUCUCAUUAGCUCGGGAUCUCGUACUACACGCAAAGAAUACGACAAAACUCAGAGUCUGUAUGGCAUUCCAGAGGAAACGGGGUGGUCAAUACCAACCCCGGCCAUCCACUCGAAUAAUACAAGAGGAAAUAUGCAGGCCGUGUACCUUGCCUGCAUCCAGAGCGACUCUACCCAAGCUGAGGCCAUACCAACACCAGAAGUCGAAUUCCAUGCCGAUGAUGAAAACCCUGGCUCAUACUUCCCGCUCGAGCGUUCCGAUACCCUCGUUUCCGAGGACACCUACGCCUACACGGAUACUAGUAUGGAAGGCGGCAUGGGCGACCUCCUCACUAAGCUCAACAGCCUCGAUGACUUCUUCGAAGACUCUCUAGACGUAGAGAAUGAUGCGUCAAAUCGCUAUUCCACUCUCACGGUCACUCCUUACAAUCAUGAUUUAGACAAUGGCGCCGAUAUAUAUGAUCAACAGACAGCGCCCAUCCUUCACAAAUCUCUUGCCCGCACCGCCUCCGUCAUAUCGUUCAAUAACGGCUUCACCGACCCACGGAUGACCUCAAGUAACAGAGACCCCGGCAUCAUGACACCCACAGCCUUCACUUCGCCAUCCACCACAAUGUCGCAUACGGCUGCUCCACCUCCCACGCGCCCGACCCUCCACUCCCGCUCUGUCACGUCUCCAGCCAACAACCUGGCGACCAGAUCUAACAACGCCAGCGAACUCUUCUCCGAUGACGAGGGCGACGAAACUUUCUCCGAAGACGAGCGCUCCACGGGCCAUGGCUCCAAGCUUUUAGGAAGCACCUCCCUUAGCAGCGCCGUGUCGACCAUUCGGAAAAUGGCGCCGGGGCUGGAAGGCAAAGACUACAGACAACGCGGGCUGUUGAGGGCGCAAUCCAGGGGUCAGCAGCAGGGACCCGGAAGUCCGAGGGUACCCAAAGUGCCCGAGGCUUAUCUGCAGAAUCAGGGAUCAAGGCCCGCUGAUACUUUUUGA